AUAAAGCGCCGAAACAACAAAAAAAGUUUUCUCGCGGGUUCUUGGUGAAGUUUGUUAUCGCCUCUCUGUGUCUGAAGCCCCCUGAUCCUCCCGAACCUGAACCCGUCCACCUUCAGCAGGUCCAAACCAGAAGAACAAUGUCGACUACAUCUCAGAAGCACCGGGAUUUUGUCGGGGAGCCGAUGGGAGACAAACAUGUGACAGCUCUGUCGGGGAUCGGAGUGGUACUGGGGAAGCAGCUGGAGGAUCAGGGCUUUGACAAGGCCUAUGUGGUUCUGGGUCAGUUCCUGCUAUUAAAGAAAGACACAGAGAUGUUUAGCGAUUGGCUAAAAGAUGUAACAGGAGCAAACUCCCGCCAAUCCGGCACCUGCGCUCAGUGCUUAAAGGAGUGGUGUGAUGCCUUCCUCUGAGACUCCGCCCCCUCACUUAGACCCCGCCACGCUCUUCUUCCACUGUUUGCUUGCUUUCUGCUUCUGAAGCUAUGGUGAGAGCACAUAUCUGUCUGUUGGCUGAUGCUGCUGCUGCUGUUAAAAUGUUUUCAGGGGAAUUAUCUGCCUCUUUCCUGCUGGGUGACUGUGAUGUCACAGCUCCUUGACAGGUGUGUUGAUUUUACGAGUUUAAUCGAGCAACGUUUACAUGAAUAAAAGCUUUAUGUCCAAACA